ACCUUAACCUUGACGUCGUGUUAUGCUGUGAUCCGUUCCGUUCACAGCUUGUGUGAAAACCGCUAUUUGAAAUGCUAUGCUGAAUGUUUGACAUUCCUUCCCGGGUGUUAUUUUCAGUCAAGUGUUAAUGGACCGUAAAUCAGUACAGUGGCAUUUUUACUCAAAUAAAUAUUGGAGGUAGCCGAUUUCAUGUUCGCUCUAAUAUUUCUCCUUAUCCUUUAUGGUACCGCACAGAAUGUUACUCCUUGCAGAUUACCCGGAAAUUAUUAAAAACGAGAUGUAACCUGAGAACAUAAGAGCGUUUUGAAAAUGCUGUGCGUCUAAAAGUGAGUGAAAAUCGAUUGUGGAAGAAAAAAAUCCGGGAGCCAGAACCGCAUUUUUCAAAAUCGAUAUUGCAGUGUUUACAUGGCAUCCAGAAGAUGUAUUGGAAAAUCUGUGUACGAAAUCCAAUUUUGGAAGCCUCAUGUAAAUGUAUUGCUGGAGAAAACAUUUUUACGUUGAGUGUUUUGGUGUUAAUCGAUGAUCUGGGAAGAUUAAGGACGUAGCAAAGUUAAAACAAUUUUUAAACAUUAUAUAAUAUCUCAGUUUUCAGGCCGCGUCAGAUCGGAGUUGAAACUCGAGCUUUCGAAAAAUUACUACUUUUGUUUUUCAGAAGGUUUUAAGGUUUUGCACAAAGUAGCCGCCGCGGAAAAACUUCGAUAUCGUAACAUUUACUGUUUACGGACUUUGAGUGACCCGGGUUUUGAGUGCUUGCACAUGCAACCAAUUUAAAUUUGUAGUUUUUGUAACUAAUAGCUGUAAUACACGUUAACUAAGAAUACUGCCCUGUUUUGUUUAAGUGGUUUCAUAGAUAUUUUCAGAAACAAUCACCUUUCCACAAAGUUUACACGCAAUAAAGCAACUACCCGCUGAAGAUAGCGCAAUGAGUGUAGGAAAAAUAAAUGAAUGCCUGAAGGCGGGAUUGCUAUAACAACUUUCCUUUGCGACUCCAGAAAUGUAAAGAGGUUAGAUAUAAUGUGCUAGAAAGUGAUUGCUACGACUAUACUGAAACUCUGUUUUUCCUUUACACUCAUUUAAUUGAAGAACUGUAACACGCUGAGUUGUAAUGUCAGCCUAUUCUUAGGCGAAGACUAUUCGUGUAUCGUACAGACAUAAAAUUAGAGAGACGAUAGUGGCACAAGAUGUGCCGGUAUGGAGGAUUCGAACGCAUCGUACGAAAUGCUGGAUCUAGGCAGUCGCCUGUUAUUUUGACGUCUGCUCGCUACGGUGAUGGGGAGGGGCGGCUCUGCAGAUAAAGGUCAGGCACAAUCCAGCGAGAGCUCACUGUGUCGUAGAACUUCUGGAGUGAGUGAGUAGGUCUGUCAAACGAAAUGGCAUCACCAAAAGUCAAGAAUGAGAAAAUUGGGAUCGUGGGAAGUGGUUUGAUUGGCCGUAGCUGGGCAAUGCUGUUCGCUGCUGCUGGGUAUGAGGUUCAUCUUUAUGACAUCUUGCCAGAGCAGGUCAGCUCAGCUCUGGACGACAUUAAAAAACAACUGAAAACAUUGGAAAAAGAAAAACUUCUACGUGGAAAACUGUCUGCAGACCAACAGAUGUCUCUUAUAAAGGGCACAUCAAACUUGUCAGAAGCCGUUAAGGGAGCAAAAUUGGUACAGGAAAAUGUACCAGAAAGACUGGAUUUGAAAUGUAAGGUGUAUCAGGAGUUGGACAAAGUGGUGGAUUCUAAUACAAUCCUCUCAAGUUCUACAAGUACAUUCUUGCCUUCACUGUUCAGUAAGGACCUAAAACACAGGAGUCAAAUUAUUGUCUCACAUCCAGUGAACCCCCCAUAUUAUGUUCCUUUGGUUGAAAUAGUACCAGCUCCCUGGACUGAUCCAGCAAUUAUUCCUCGUACAAGGGCUAUCAUGGAAGAAAUUGGCCAAGCUCCAGUUUGCCUUACAAAGGAAAUUCCAGGCUUUGCACUGAAUAGAAUCCAGUACUGCAUAUUGAAUGAAGUUCUUCGCUUGGUUGCUGAUGGAGUUUUAAAUGUUAGUGACAUUGAUAAGGUGAUGUCAGAGGGUCUAGGAAUGCGUUAUGCUUUCUUGGGUCCUCUGGAAACUGCUCAUUUAAAUGCCGAAGGUAUGGAAAGUUACUGUGAUAGGUAUGGUCAGACAAUAUAUGAUGUGUCCAUGACAAUGGGACCCACACCGAAAUUUGAAGGUCCAGUGGUGAAAGAACUUCAUAAACAACUGUGUGAGAUGACUCCUCUAGAGAAACUUCCAGAACGAAGGGCAUGGCGUGACUUGUGCCUCACACAUCUCUCUACUCUGAAGAAGAAAAUGUCUAAUACUGAAUGAAACAACAAUGUGCAAUAAUAUGUAAAUAAUUAACUAUAUAAACUAUAUUUUGCCAGUUCCAAAA